GCCUGCGGCCCCGUGUCUCUGGUGGAGAUGCUGUUCCGCACCUCCCUGCUGGCCCUGGUCGGGUGCUCUUCCGCGGAGGCGCCGUCGUCUUCGAGCAGGGAGCUCACCAUGUGGAACACCAAGGAGAGGUGCAACAUCUGCCAGCUCCACUUCAACUCCAGGAUCCAUGGCGUGAAG